CUUCGUAAUUAUCAUUGGAUUUUCUGAAAUUUAUUAAUUUUUGUCCGAAAUUUGACUCUUAAAUCUUUAAAAAUGACGGAAAAAUCGAUUUUUACCUGUAGCGUUCCCGCUUUUAGCGAUUUUGAGUUGGAAUUUCGCCAAAAGUUGUACGAAUCGGGCGAAUUUUCGGAUGUUACAUUUGAAAUUGGACCCGGAAAGAUGUUUAAAGCUCACAAAUUGGUUCUUAUGGCGGCUUCGGAGAAGUUUCGAGAGAUUUUACGGGAGCAUUCAAGUACUGAAGCGACAAUUUCCUUACCUGACAUGGAUCCGAAUGCGUUUGAGCAGCUCCUGAGGUGCAUUUACGUUCACAAAUUCGAGAUUCGGGAUCCAAAAACCGCUCUUAGCUGUUUAAAGGUCUUUCAGGACUUUGGAUUUCCUCUUGCCGCUGAAUUUUGCGAAGAAUAUUUGAACGAUCCGGCAAAUGUGACACACGAAAAUGUUCUUGUCAUGUACGAGGCGAGCCAAAAUCCGACCUGCCAGUUACUUAAUGAGUGUAUAAAGCUAUUUUUCUCGAAUACGCUUGAGAUUUUGGAGUCUGAUGAUUUUCUGGAAGUCAAAUAUGGGACUGUAAAGACAAUUUUUAGUCUUUCUGAGAUGAAAAUCAACUCGGAAUUGGAUUUAUUGAAUGCUUUGCAUCGGUAUUCGAUGAAAAAUGAUGGAAACGAUGGCGAAAAAUUGCAUUGUUUGAGGCAAAUUCGACUUUUGACACUCACCCCAGAAGAACUUUUGGCGAGUGAAGCUGUUCAAGCCCUGCUGACGAGCGAUCAAAUCGUCGCGGUACUCGCAAAUCGCAAUAUUCCGAACAAUCCGUUCUAUAAAAUGCCUGAGGGGUUCUCGGUAUCACGUGAAACUCGCGGAAAAGUAAUAGAAAAUGAGGAAUUAGCGUCACAAAUGGAGAUUAAAAGACUCACGGAGGCACGAGAGGUGCAAGAACGAGAAAUUGAACGUUUGAAAUCAAUCACGAACAACAUGAGCAAUCAAUUGCUGGAAACGCGAGACCCUCAAGUUGACAUGUUUGACGAGGAAAUUCAAACAGAGGAGUCUGUUGAUGAAAAAAAUCACAAAAUAGAACAAUUAAUGCAAGAAAUCGAACAAAUGCAUAAGAAAUUUGAAAAUAUGACGCCGCAAAUUAAGCAAGAAAUGAUUUGUUCAAGCAGCAAAAUUGAUUCUGAUGACGAUGACGUAAUUUUUGUUGAAAAUGAUCCGAUACCUAUCAUAGAAAUAAAUGAUAGCGGUGAUCUGGAAAGUAACAUUCCAACAAUUACAAUUCACAAAGAGACUACGGUGGAUCCGUUAAAAACUUAAAUUUAAUUUUUUUGAUACUUAAUUUUCUAUCAAGACAAAAAGUUUACCGAAAAUUUCAUUCAAAAAAAAUUUUUUUUUUUUUGAGAUUUUUUAAUAUCUUCAUAAAUAUCUAAUCAUUCGUAGGUAUAAAU